ACUUGUGAUUGGCUGGCUCUGUGAGAGGCGUUUCCUUGCCUUCUUGCUAGUGGAAUCGUGUUCAUUUCAGAAGUCAUCAUGGCGCUCACUUCCUCACAUCAAGAUCACCCGUUUGGCCAUUUGAUUGAGUCUUUGCCAAGCGAGAAAAAUGAAGUUAGAAAAUAUUUCAAUCCUCACAAGCUUGGAGAUCCCAAGUAUGAGCGGCUGCCGUUCUGUAUCCGUGUGCUGCUGGAAGCUGCAAUCCGGAAGUGUGAUGGCUUCUACGUCAAACAGGGGGACGUGUACAGUGUCCUGAACUGGGAAGAGUGUCAGAAUGAGGCAGAGAUCCCCUUCUCUCCAGCACGAGUGCUGCUGCAGGACUUCACGGGUAUUCCAGCCAUGGUGGACCUGGCAGCCAUGAGAGAUGCUGUAGCUAAGAUUGGUGUCGACCCCAACCUCGUCAACCCCAAAUGUCCCACUGACCUUAUAGUAGAUCACUCACUACAGAUUGACUUCAGCAAGUGUGCCAUCCAGAACGCCCCUAACCCUGGUGGAGGUGAUGGGCAGGGGCCGGGGCCUCGCUCUGUUCCUGGACGUCCGGCUCCACGUGGACAUCACGCCAGCAGCAGUGCUCAGUGUGGAGGCCAGAGAGGAGGCUGCUCCAAGGGAUCUUGUACCGACUUACCCGCUAGAGCCACCUCAGUACAGAUUGAGAACACGCCGCUUCUGUGUCCUUUCCAUCUAAAGCCAGUCUCUGAGCCAGAGACAGCUCUCAAAAACCAGGAGAUGGAGCUGAUUAGAAAUAAAGAAAGACUUCAGUUCUUCAAGUGGUGUUCGAAAGCAUUUAAGAACGUGAGCGUGGUUCCUCCAGACAUUGGCUCAGUACAUCAGGUUAAUCUGGAGUACCUGUCUCGCGUGGUACAGGAGAGUGAGGGUUUCAUUUACCCUGACAGUGUAGUGGGCACAGACUCCCACACCACCAUGAUCAAUGGCCUUGGUGUACUUGGCUGGGGAGUAGGAGGUAUAGAGUCAGAGGCAGUAAUGCUGGGUCAGCCGGUCUCUUUCACGUUGCCUCAGGUUGUUGGAUGUAAGCUUGUGGGAUCCGUCAGCACUCUAGCUACUUCUAUAGACAUAGUCCUUGGCAUCACGAAGCACUUGCGCCAGGCUGGUAUCGGUGGAAGGUUUGUGGAGUUUUUCGGUCCUGGAGUGUCUCAGCUCUCUGCUGCCGACAGAACCACCAUCGCCAACAUGUGUCCUGAAUACAGCGCCACUGUCAGCUUUUUUCCUGUAGACGACGUCACACUCAAGCACUUUAAACAGACCAACUUCACAGAAGAGAAACUUGAAGUCUUGGAGACUUAUCUUAAAUCCGUGAAGCUGUUUCGGGGCCUCACUGACCCGUCAGAGGAUCCACAUUAUACUGAGGUCAUAGAAAUAAACCUGAGUUCCAUCGUCCCCUAUGUGAGUGGACCCAAACGGCCACAAGACCGAGUACCUGUCACCUGCAUGAAGGAGGAUUUCCUUAACUGCCUCAAUGAAAAGGUCGGUUUUAAAGGGUUCCACGUUCCGAAGGAAAAGCAAAGCACCACGGUGGCGUUUCAGCACGAUGGCACCGAAUACGCUCUCUCUCACGGAUCGGUCGUCAUCGCUGCCGUCAUCAGCUGCACCAACAACUGCAACCCUUCUGUCAUGCUCACUGCAGGCCUGUUAGCGAAGAAAGCAGUGGAGGCAGGUCUUACUGUGAAGCCUUACAUCAGGACCAGCCUCGCUCCAGGAAGUGGCAUGGUUACACACUACCUCAAUGCCAGCGGAGUGCUGCCUUACCUCAGCCAGCUUGGGUUCGAGGUGAUUGGUUAUGGAUGUGCCACCUGUGUAGGAAACACAGCACCUUUACCUGAAUCUGUAGUAGAUGCCAUUAAACAGGGAGAUUUGAUCGCUUGUGGAGUGUUGUCCGGUAACAGGCAUUUCGAGGGACGUCUCUGCGACUGCGUACGUGCCAACUACCUAGCCUCUCCCCCUCUAGUGGUGGCAUACGCUAUCGCGGGAACAAUUGGAAUCAAUUUUGAUAAAGAGCCACUCGGUGUGAACGGUGAAGGAAAGGAGGUGUUCCUGAAGGACGUGUGGCCGACUAAAGAAGAAGUGCAGCAUGUAGAGGAGCACAUGGUCAUCGCCUCUAUAUUCACCGAACUCAGGAGCAGGAUGCAGAAAGGGAGCACGUUUUGGAACAACAUAGAUGCUCCAGACACCAAAUGCUUCCAGUGGGAUAGCAAGUCCACUUACAUUCGCUGCCCUCCGUUCUUCAACAAGCUUUCUAAAGACAUUUGUCCCCCUGGGUCUAUUGAUAACGCACACGUUCUGCUGUUUCUGGGAGACAAAGUCACCACUGACCACAUCUCUCCUGCCGGCAGCAUCGCACGCUCCAGCGCAGCCGCCAAGUAUCUACAGAGCAAACGCCUGACACCUCGCGAAUUCAACUCUUACGGCGCACGAAGAGGCAAUGAUGCUGUGAUGACUAGAGGAACUUUUGCCAGCAUCAAACUCCUCAACCUUCUGGUGGGCAAACCCGGACCCAAAACCGUGCACGUCCCCACGGGACAGACGCUGGACGUGUUCGAGGCGGCGGAGCGUUACCAGAGAGACGGUGUUCCUCUCAUCAUCCUGGCGGGGAAAGAUUACGGCUCGGGCAGUUCACGAGACUGGACAGCUAAAGGACCUUACCUACUGGGAGUGCGGGCAGUGAUCGCUGAGAGUUUUGAAAAGAUGCACAAGAACCACCUGGUAGGCAUGGGCAUCGCUCCUCUGCAGUUCCUCCCCGGCCAGACUGCUGCAUCACUGGGGCUCUCUGGGAAAGAGAAGAUCUCCAUUUCCAUCCCAGAGCAGAUCACCCAUCAGCAGGAGCUCACUGUGCUGACCAGCACUGGAAAGAGCUUCAGCGUGGUGGCUCUGUUUGAGAACGAGAUGGACGUGACCUUUUACAGACACGGAGGCAUUCUGAAAUACGUGGCUCGCAGUAUGCUGAAGUAACGUCUCUCUCGCCCUCUGUCCCUCUUCGUCCAGCCUGCUCUCAGAUAAAUCACACAAAUCUGUCUCAGGAGCACUGAGCAAGACCGUUUGAGCUAAGACUGCUGAUGUCCAGCCAGGUCAGGCCGCAGAUCGACCGGUUGUGAAGGGCUGUUGUCGGCCCGGCGACAGCUCCGGACGAAAGUCUAUGACUUUUAUUUUCGGGCCUUGGACUCUGUUGUGCCUGUUUUCUGCUGUCACUCUUCUUAAUAAGACGUCUACCGGAGGGCUCUUUUUUUUUUUCUUUUUUGCUGCACUUAACAAUAUCUCUGCUGUUUCGUUCUCUAAAUUCCACCGUCCAACAGAGAUACAAAAGAAAUCCAGACUCUGCACAAAGUUGUGGCUUCCUCAAAACUCUUUGGGUCGACUCUGGAUUUCUCCACCAGGCCGGCGGUGCAUGUUUGCGGUGCCUGUUCAGCACGACGGUGGACGCAUCGUUUAAAAAAAAAUAAAAAAUCAGAGGAACUGGUGCUAGGCUCUCAUGAUGUCCAAACACAGACGUCGGUGCUUCUCCAUCCGAUACUUCUGGCUUUAUGUACUGCUUUAGCGCUCGCAGGCCAUGACACACAGAUUCCUUUCUGUUGUUGUUUUUUUUUUUGUAACAGAUGUUUGUGAGAGUGUACGAAGUCAAACUCGAUGCCUAACCUCAUUAACCCAGUUUUUAAAAAGUCUUCAACUUUUUGAGGAUUUAAAAAAAUAGGUGUUGCGUUAUUUAUUUUUGAGCCGAUCCAGCGUGAAAUCAUUUGUUUGUCGCUUUGUGUCUGUUCCUUCACUGAGAGUGUCAGGGCCUGGAUGUAGUAACUGAAAUAAAAUAUAGUAUUAUUAUUAUUAUUAUUAUUAUUAUUAUUAUUAUUAUUCCUUUAGUGGUGUAUUACAGGAGCCGGCACUUAUCGGAUCGGAUAGACGUAUCACUGUUGUUUUAUUUUUUUAAAUCGGUCAGAGCGUCCUAAGAUAGCUGGGAAUCAUAUUUACUGAUGUAAAUCCGCCACAGUUUAGAACAAGAAUGUCACAAACCCACACUACAAGCAAAUAAUCCAACUGGGAAAAGAAAAGAAAAAAAAAUUCUGCUUUGUGGUAAAGAUUUGCUGCUUCAGCGGAUUGUUUUUAACACAAUCUGUCUGAAAUGAAAAAGGUCAGAUAUCUUUGGUUUAUCGUGCUGCAAUCCAUUGGACAUUGGACAAUAACGAGCUGAACGAGCGCUUCAGUGUGAUUUUUCCAUGUCGGAGAUCUAAGUUUGUAUUCUCAGACAUUAACACCACACACACAUUUAACAGUAAACGGAAUUCUCUUUAGCGUUAAUUUCUGCUUUUACUUUAUGCUUCUUCAUGAAAAAGGGUGUUUUAUCUGAUUGCUAUGUUUAGAUUUGUAACCUAAUUUGACGUGAUUUUCGUUCACUGGAGACAAACAAAACACUCGACUUUCAUUGUAUGUCAUUUCUUUUCGUUUUUUGCUCAGAAAUAAUUCAAAAAGAUCUUGAUCAUCUUGUCUGUCAAAUUCAGACACUAGACAUACAAAUGCUUUGGUCAGCCAUGUUUUUUCCCCCCGAAAUGAAGCACUUGAACUUGGGGAAAAUGGACACUGGAUUGCAGCAUUCAUCUUCUUAUCUACACAGAUAUUGGAAGGAACUCCGCUUUUAUUUGAAUAAUGUGAGGAACCAGAACUCCAAGCAGAACAUUUAUGGUGACUUCUAGCUUAUUGCUCCUUUUCUCACCCAAAGCCACCGGUUUCAAAUCUGUCCCCGAUACCGCAAAAUGUUUAUUAUGCCAAAACAGAAUUCCGUAACAAUGGUAUAAUAUCUGCCUUGAAAAUGUGAUCUUUUCUAGAUUCCAUGUUUGUUUUUUGUUUUUGUUUUUUUUAAUUUAUGCAUCUAAAACUUUAUUACAUCAGUCAAAAGUAAGCGUGUAGAGUAGUUCAGGAUGUAGCUCUUCCUACUCUUUUGCACCAUUUGUAUAAGAUUGACGGUAUGCAACAGGAGCGACGUCUUCGGGAAGGUGGAGAUAAAAAAAAUAAAAUAAAAAAAAAAACCACUUCUGUUGAGUUUUGCUGUUGUAAAUCAUUUUUAAUAAACAUUAUCAAGAA